AUGAUUGAACGCCAGUCUCGGAAUGUGGAGUGGGCUAUCAUAGAUAAAGGUCCAUUUCAAUUGCACCCUUCCUUAAAUAAUUUUAUCCUUCCUGCUGAAGUAUGGCUUUCAAUGGAAGUCAAUGAGAAAGAAUCUUAUAUAAAAAGGGUUAUGAGCAGUUCUGUAACAGAUACUGUUUCGGAAGAUUACCAGGAGACUGCUUGUUUCCCAAGCAAACUUAUUCCAGAAGGUCUUCCACCAGAACCUUUCCCAGACGAUAUUUCAACCGAACCUAUCCCAGAUGAUUUUCCAACAGAAUUUGACCAAGUACAUUUUCUAUCUCCUCUUGAUGUUCUGGCAAAUGCUGCAUUAUCCGAUUCAGUCCAAGAUACUACAGGGGCACGUGUGUCAAAUAUGUCUCUGACAUUUUCUGAAUUCCGUGUCUACCUUCAUGGACAGCCCCAAGAAACGGUGAGGGGUAUGUGGGAUAAAGCAGUACAACUUGUUUCAUCGCCAGGAAAGAUGUCACCUGCCCCAGGUUGCGCCCCAACCUCGAGAAUGGUAGCAAGCCAUCGGUUCAAGGACCGGCCACAUCUCGUCACGAAGGGGAAGGCAAAAGAUGAAUGCAAAUGCGAAAAAAGCUGUCCUCACUGGAAUGGGAUAAAGAUCUGCUCCCAUACCAUCGCUGCGGCUGAAUCGAAUGGAGAUUUAUCGAAAUUUCUCAUGUGGUACAAGCAGAAAAGAAGUACCAAAGCAGCAAAUUUGUCCGCGGUUGUGCGUACAGACAUGCCACAACAUCCCGGAAGAAAAGGCGGUGUACCUGUUACAUCAAGAAGAGCAACUCCUAAACUACCCGUUGAUGCACGACGAAAGCGCACAUACAGUAAAUCUACUGAAAGUUCGUCUAUUGUAACAGAGGUACCAAAUACAAACCCAUUCUACGUUAAAAAGAUGAACAUUCGAAUUGAAGUAUGCCAAGGAUGCAGGGGUCCUCUGAAGUCGGUAGGGAAAGAAAUUCAGCCCCCGCCGUUCGAUUACUGUAUUGCGAGGAGGGAAAGACGACCAUACAGGGGUGACAAUGGCCAACUGAAAACUCCAUCCCGACAGUCAGAUGCACAUUAUCACCUGCGAGCAGCAUGCGUUAAAGCUGCAGAACCGUCAUUUGUAACAUCUUCUCUUGUGAUACCUGACGACAUCCAGCUAACAGAAGUUCAUGAAUGCUAUCUCGUCCAUGAGUUUGGGCUCAAUUUCGUUGCGAGAUAG